UGAUGUACUAGUGGUUUCUUUUUUGUGUUUUUGUGGAUUCGCAGUGACGUGGGUUUGCUUACCUGAUUCUCGACCGCCCACUCAAGUGAAAGACAACGGAGGUCGGCUAAAAAAACAACGACGAGCCGUAAGAAAGUGUAUAUAAUUUUUAAAGAUAAAGUUGUGUUCCUGGAAGCACCAUGGAUGAAGAAGAACAGUUUGUGAACAUUGAUCUCAACGAUGACAAUAUCUGCAGUGUCUGCAAGCUCGAGACAGAUACAGGGACCUUAUCUUUCUGCCAUGUCUGCUUCGAACUCAGCAUUGAAGGUGUUUCCGCUACAACCCUGGUGCAUUCAAAGUCUCUGCGCGGUCACCGAAACUGCUUCGAGAAGAGCCACCUGAUCGCCAACCAGAAGUUGUCACAUUCCAAGGUCUCCCGAAGUGCCUACGAGGGCAUGAAGCUGGCCCUCAGCCAAAAACUCAACCGUAUCAUCCAGUACGCCCAGAACAAAGACAAUGUCACCACAAACGGCUUCAGCAGACGUGGAAGCAGGCUCGUUCGUUACAGCCAGAAGAGCGACUGUCAGCUUCUGCCUCAGACAGAAGCCCUGGUACCCCGCUACACCCCCUGCCGGAAGCCGAGCGAAGCAACGCGACUGCCCGAUUACACCAUGGGGAUGUUGGAGUGCCACACGGCCCAGGAGCUGAGGGUUCUGCAGAACUCGCAUGGGGAGCUUUGGAAAACUCUACAGAUCCGGAAUCAAGCAACAGUUGAAGGGCAUUGCAGACAACAGAACUACAGCAGAGAAGAAUUGACUAAAAUGAGUGUGGAUGAGCUUCAUCAGUUGAACACACAGCUUCUCAUGCAGAUUCAAAAAGUCUUCGAGGAGCUGACUGCGGCCGUGCAGGAGAAAGACUCGCUGGCGUCCGAGCUGCACAUGCGUAACGUAGCCAUUGAGCAGCUGUUCGAGAACUGUGCCAAACUGCCCUGGCUGCACAUCAGCAGGGCUGGCAGGGUGAAGGCCAGCAGCGCGAGUGUAGAGUGACACUUUUUUUUUUUUUUACAUGUCUGCUGCUGUCACACUGGAGUCAAACUGGCUAAUAAGCUGCUCACGCUAACAACGCCACUCUCGCGUCCUAUGAGAUCACAGUACUAUCGGUGCUGAGGAUUGAUCACCUCUGGACUUUAAAAUGUGUUGUUUGAUCAUAUCUUUUUUUGUGGUUCAGUUUUUUUGUUUCUGAUCGUUACACCGAAAGUGUUUUAAUGGUUGUCGGUUACACAAACUGCUUAUUUUCUCGAAACUCCACAAUGGCAGUCGGAGUACUACUGCUGCUCUCUGAUGAUGACAUUUACAAAAUUGCCACACAUUCUGCAAAUUAUGAGCUAUUCCACCCAAUCAUCCAUCCAUCCAUUUUCUCCCGCUUGUCCCUCUGGGUCCCCUAAACUGCAAUUAGCCCUUUUUCAACUCAAAAUUUUAUAAUAAUACACAUAUUAAACUACAGACGUCCCUCGCUUAUCACCAUUAACUAGUUCCAGACCCUGUUGCAAUAAUUGAAUGUCUAUAAAGUAGGAGUUUUCUUUUAUAAAUUUAGUUUUUCCAUAUUUAGAGUAUAAACAUCUGUUUAUGACCUUUUUAAAUAUGUUUAACAUUAUUAGAAAUGAAAUGAAAUAACAGCCAUAUAAUCACGUUUCUUACGCAAUGUCGUAAGGCAAGUGUAAAAGCGAAACAACAAUUUUACUAAUAUAUUUUGGAAAAAUGUGAUAAAAGUGAAGCUAUGGAAUUAGUGACGACUGUAUUGAAAAUGUGUAUUGGUUCUAUUUAGGCCAUUUUAUUUUUGUACAAGGUUUCUAAGCAAAGAUGACUCAUUUGAGUUACAGGAGUGAGUUUUUUGCAUGGAAUGAUCAAAUACGUGAAAUAUGGCCACAUGACAUUUUUGUUAAUAAAUGGUAAAUGGGUUAUACUUGUAUAGCGCUUUUCUACCUUCAAGGUACUCAAAGCGCUUUGACAGUAUUUCCACAUUCACCCAUUCACACACAUAUUCACACACUGAUGGUGGGAGCUGCCAUGCAAGGCGCUAACCAGCACCCAUCAGGAGCAAGGGUGAAGUGUCUUGCCCAAGGACACAACGGAUGUGACUAGGAUGGUAGAAGGUGGGGAUUGAACCCCAGUAACCAGCAACCCUCCGAUUGCUGGCACGGCCACUCUACCAAAACUUCGCCACACCGUCCCUAGCAUCCAUCCAUCCAUUUUCUACCGCUUAUUCCCUUCGGGGUCGCGGGGGGCGCUGGAGCCUAUCUCAGCUACAAUCGGGCGGAAGGCGGGGUACACCCUGGACAAGUCGCCACCUCAUCGCAGGGCCAACACAGAUAGACAGACAACAUUCACACUCACAUUCACACACUAGGGCCAAUUUAGUGUUGCCAAUCAACCUAUCCCCAGGUGCAUGUCUUUGGAGGUGGGAGGAAGCCGGAGUACCCGGAGGGAACCCACGCAGUUACGGGGAGAACAUGCAAACUCCACACAGAAAGAUCCCGAACUACUCAGGACCUUCGUAUUGUGAGGCAGACGCACUAACCCCUCUGCCACCGUGCUGCCCUAGCAUAUUGACACUAAACACAUAUGAUGGAAUAUAUAUAAACUUUAAUGAGUGAACUUACUUUUGUUGUUCGUGGCCUGUAGAGAGUUUGAAUGACACAAUGUGCGACCUGUGGAAUACACCAUCAUUUUCAGAGGGGGUAACAGGACUGAGUGAGAACUCAGAAUCGCCCAAAACGCGUAUAUUUAAACUUUAUUUUAUUUUAUUUUUUUUUAGAAAAUUCAGUUCAAAUAUAAUUGGGUUAAAGUUUAACAGUAACAUGUAAAAACAUUUAUAAAGGAUUUAAAUUAUUAUAAUUCAUAGUAAAAUCAAAUUUUUGGAAGCAUAGACAAACAAUAUGUGUUAUUUUUCCAGUGUUCAAGGUAGUUUAAAUGAAUCUUUUAAAUUGUAUUUAUUAAAUAUGCAAUAAAAUCAAUGUACACGACACUUUGCUUAGUAAACAUUGUAUUUUAAGCGUGUUUUAUUGUGUAUUUAUGCAUUUUGUUUAUUCCCUGAGGUCACACACAGAUCUGAUUGGAUGGAAUGGUUCAUAUUCAUUUUAAAAUUAUUUAAAAAAAAACAAAAAACAUAAAUAUUGCAACAAGAAAAGUACAUUUCCAUGCUGAAAAGAGCACAAAUAUAAACACACCAUUCAUUUAUAAAUACUCACAAAAACCAACAAACAAGGAAUAUUAUAUGUAUAUCAUCAAACAAUAUUCAUAACUAAGAAGUCUUUCACCAAAGCGUUGUUUAUUAGUCAUUUUUCUUUCAUAUUCUGGACAUGUGAGUGAAAUAUAAAUAGUUGUUAAACAAGAACUAUGCAAGCAAAGGUUAUCAUGUUGGAGCCUCAUCAAAAAAAAACAUGUUUCUCAGAGAACGCCCUUUGGCUGCACAAAUACCAGCUUUGGUCAUAAACGUGUUUGUUUUUAUUCUCUUUGUAAGAUGUUGGAUUCAUUUGACCUUUUCUGGGGUUAGGCUUUAUUUAAAAUAUGUAUUUUCUGUGUUUUUAAUGCAACAAGGACAUGUAGUUAUGUAUAUUGUAGAAACCUGGCCGCCCAUCUCUGCUUUUUGUUCAGCAGACAUCAGCUACUGAAGAUGCAAGAAAUGUUUUGCCUUUUUUUAUACUCAAUUUUUCAUUUGAACGAGGAUGUUCUUUUACUUUCUAUUUAUUUUGUGCAAGCUUGUGUGACUUGUGCUUUUUACUUAUAGAAAUAUUUUUCAAUAAAGUCCACAUGUUUUCAACAACAAUCGUUUUAUUUACUUUCAAGUUGUUGGUCCCCAUCAAGCUGGUAAGUUUUUUUUGUUUAUUAAAUUACUAAAGGAAAAAUGUAGUUUUCACUAUUGAUUUUGCUUAAUUAUGAGGGAUGUGAAUCUUAUAGAAAUUUGAUUCCGAUUCUUUUGGUG